CUCUUCUCUGCACAAUCUGUUGUAUCCUGGAAAGCUCCUGGAAUCCCGUGAUGCCACCAGUGAUGUUGCAAUACCAGCUGCCUUUAGGCCAUUCCUUCAGUGCCUGUAGGGUACACCAUUAGAGAUGUUGUCAAGACUGAGGAGUCUACAUGGGAGAGAGAAUGGUGAUCGUCCAGAGAGCAGAGAGAUGUAGAAGAGUAUACAAGAUCAAAUGAAUGGCUCUGGAUAGAAACAAUGCUGCUAUGGAGCCAAAAUCCCACCCAAUGCUCCUCACCAAGAAACAAAUGAAGCAGGGAGUAGAUAGGCUGACCAUGGAGCUGCAGCUGAUCACCAGCCAAAGAAAUGAGCUGCAAGAUCACCUGACCUCCAUCAGUGAAGAUACCAUGGAGAACAGGCCCUACCACAAGCCAAAUCCUUUCAAUGAAAAGCUGAUUUGGAGCAUGCACAGGUCGUGUUAGAACUAAGGACCCUGGAAGCUGAUUACACUGAGACCUCAGAGAAGUUCAGUGAGCUGACCAAGGAGACAGUUUUCUAUCACUGACCAGCAAGCUAUUUGGAUCCUUUGUAUGUGCCUAGAGAUGUAUGAUGGUCUGUGACUCUCCACUAACAACACAGUCUUCUAAUGAACUGGAGCUCAAGAGAUUGGAGGAAAGUCUUCAGUUCCUGUGGAAGCAAAGGGGAAUGCCCAUGCAGAAAAAGGACUUGUCAGAAAAGCUACAGCAUCACUUUGAAUUCUUCCAGCCGAGGAGUGCACUGCACUACGCCUCUGCCCAUAAUCAUCCUAAUGUAGUGACAUUGCUAUCGUCCAACGACUGUACCGAUAUUAAUAUGAAGGAUGAUGAAGGCUGCACACCCUUAAUUAAGGCCACCCAGCGGGACAACAUAGAGUGCAUCUCUAUACUACUCAUGCACGGUGCUGAUCCCCACAUUAUAGAUGCCAAUGGCGAUGCUGCCCUCCACCACGCCAUUUGCAGAGGGAACAUAACAGUUGUCAGCAAACUGCUGGAGUAUAAUGUAGAUAUUGACACCGAAACAGAGUAUGGGUUGACACCCUAUAAACUCGCUUUAUUUGAAAAUCAACUUAAAAUGGCGGAGUUUUUAAUUGAGAACGGUGCAGAUGCACCUUCGGAGCUUACACCAAAUAGUGGAGGAGCAGCUGCAGUAGAAUCAGAACAAUCAAUGAAAAAGUAUGCCAUCUUCAACCAAGAAGAAAAUUUCAGCACUGACAUAAAGUCUUCUUGCAGUGCAGUAAGACCAGCAAGACAGCUAAAAUCCCUAUUGAAGAAGUCUUUCCAGAUUAAAAGAGGUAGUCGAAGACUAAAAGACCAGAUCUCACUCAGUGAAGGAACAAUGACAAGAGAGCCAGAGAAGAGAAAGAAAAAUUGUGUCACCUUCAACAAAGAAGUACAUUACAAUACCAAUAAGAAGCCUUUUUGCAGGGGCAUACGACCACCUGAAGAGCUGAAACCAAUACUUAAGAAGUCUCUUCAGAUCAGUGGAGAUAAUGGAAGAAAUCAAGACCAAAUCUCACUCAAGCUCUCUGAAAGACCUCAUGUUACAACAGAGGACAUGGCCACCACCUCUGCUAUUAAGGAGGAUAUUGACAACUCUUCCUCCAGGUACACGAUCAUACAGAAACAAAUUUUGUAUUACAAGAAGAUCACUGCAAUGAAGAAACUGGACCAAGCAGGUCUUAGCAAAUCAGUGCUAGACCUAAGUACUCUGGGAGAGGCACUUCCUGAAUUCUCUAGAAAGAAAUCAUUCUUCAUGGUUGAAACAAAGAAGGGAGAAGGUGUCCUUCCUCCACCUAAUGUGCAUGACAUCGUGCCCCAGCCUCCUGCCCAUGCUGAUGCGACAUCAACUUCUCAUGUUAGUGAAAAAGGUGACAAUCGUCAGUCACCUGAGGAAACUACUGUUAAGAACACCAGCGUUAGUGAAAGAGGUGACAGUCGUCAGUCACCUGAGGAAACAGCUGUUAACAACACCAGCGUUAGUGAAAGAGGUGACAAUCGUCAGUCACCUGAAGAAACUACUGUUAACAACAUCAGCGUGGAUCACACACGUUCUCUAGGUGACGCAUUGCACCCUCAGAAUGCUAAUAUGCGGGUUCUUGCUUCAAGUCCCGCUCACCGCACCAGCUAUGCAGCGAAUACCCCCACCAAGGUUUUUUCAAUUUGGGCAGCAACCACAUCAUUGCUCCUCCUAACAUCGUCAUUAUGGUUGCUGAAGUUGGUGGCUUUGAUGAUGCCGUGGGUAUGGAACCUAAUUUAGAAAUCCUGCACAGUUAAAGUUACAAGGAGCUUAACAAGUUUCUGCUGAAGAACCUAUGAGGAUCUCCUGUCAUCAUCAAGUAACAAACUGUCAGAAACAUUUUUUGAGGUUUUCUUUCAUUUUAUUGUUUGAAGAAUAUUUUCAGUUUACUCUUUGACAUUUUAAUGUAUGUAAUUCAGAUCAUCCAUGUUGCUCAUAUCUUCCCCAUCUCUGUCCUCUGCCUCCAUCCCAUCCCCUAACUUGUCCUCAUCCCAUUUUUGUGUCAUUUAUCUUAAGGAGUGUGACUUCCAGUAGGAUCCCCACAGCCAAGUGCAUGUGGACAUUAUCAGUUGGACUGAGUGAGGUAUUAAAAUAGGGAGGGAGACAUAACAUCCAUCUUUCACUACUUUUGCAGAUAAAUUACAUAUAGUGUUUUGUUCCUUGAAUUACUGGCCAGGCAUUAAAUCAUUAUAUCUUAUCUUAUUCUACAGACCUUAUUAUGCUUUCAGAACAUGUAAAGCUUGCUAAACUUUCAUUCACCAAUUAAACAUGUAUUGUACAUGCAUCCCCAGAGAGAUGGCACAACUGAAGGGGAUACUCAAUUCAAUAGGAAUUUGACUUUUCUAGUGGAACAGACUGAUAAAUUCUGAAAGAUAAAAAAAAUACUUUGCUACUUGGACUUUCUCCCUUAGUCCUUGAUCAGAGGUCUCCUAGUUGUGCAGAAUUCUAAGGAGAUUAAGGAGCUGUAAUGGAGAGCUGAAAGCAGCAAAGGGUCAAAAGUAUUUCCAAGAGGUCAAUAAAUUUAUUAUUCUGCCAUCUGAUAAAAUAUUGAAAUAAAUUUCUGCCUAGAAUGAAUUUCAUGAGAUUUGUAGAAAAUGAAUAGAGUUGUUCAUUUGUAACAAAAGAUGACAAAUAUUAGAUGCCGAGUUUGCCACAUCUUUAUGAAUACAAAUAUAGAUAUGUAUGGGUUCCUUGGCACCCUAUUGUUCAACACUCUGGAAUGAAAAAUUCCACUGAGAAUUGUUGAGGCUAAGAGGCCCAGCUAGGGCUAGAAUAUAAAAAUCAACAUGGCAAAUGUAUGUGGGGGUUUAUUUAUGUAUAUAUGUACAAUUAAAAUACAUGGUCCUUUAAAUGAGCUCAAUUUUAUUCAGAAUGCAUGAUUUUAAAACUGUGUUUUUGAAGAAGCAUGUGGAAUAUACUGCAGGGGAGGAAAGAAUACUAUCAAAAUAUAUCAUAAAAAUAAAUUAUAAUGUAUUUCUGGUAGCAUAUAGUAAUCUAGUUCCCUCUUAGUUCACCGCCUUUUGUAGUAUUCUAAAAAACCUAUUAACCUGUUGUACAUUAUUUUGAAAGAUUAAAGAUAUUAGAACCUUUAAAAAUGAUGUUAUUAUGAUGUUAUUACAUUGACUAUCAAGUGAUAAUCUGUCAGAAAUAUUUUAUAAAAUUUAGAAAUUUUCCUCAUUUGGACCUUGGGAGCUCAGUCCAGUGCUCCAAUGUGGGUCUCUGUCUCUAUCUUCAUCCAUCACCACAUUCAUCAGUGUGGCUAUAGGAUAGGGCCAGUUCAGGCGGCCUCUCCUCAGCUGCUCAAGGAACAAGCUGGGGACAUCUCCUUGGAUACUUGGGAACCUCUCUAGAGUCCAGUCUCUUGCCAACUCUAAAAUGGCUCCCUUAAUUAAGAUAUAUAAUUCCCUGCUCCCAUAUCCUCUCUUCCUCCAUCCCAACCAUCCCAUUCCCCCAA